AUUUAAUUAUUAAAUGCAUAUAUAUAGUAUAAGUUUUACGAACGAUUUAAUUUAUAGUAAAAAUUGAUAUUUUGUCCGAAAUAUUAUAAUUAUUUAAUUAAAACAUAAAAUAUUAAACGUGUAUACUAGUAAAAACUUAAAUCUCAAACAAAUAGCAUGUUUGAUCAAAGUAUCAUUGGAAUAUGUUUUUGUGUCUGCUUAGCAAUAGUUUUCAAUUUUUCUUUACAUCGAAUAGAAGAAGGUCAUGUUGGUGUAUAUUUUAGAGGUGGUGCAUUAUUACCUCAAGUUAGCAAUCCUGGAUUUCAUAUGAUGAUACCUUUAUUAACAACAUAUCGUGCUGUUCAAGUUACAUUACAAACAGAUGAAGUAAAAAAUGUUCCAUGUGGAACAAGUGGUGGUGUAAUGAUUUAUUUUGAUCGUAUAGAAGUUGUAAAUAUAUUAGAUGCAAAUAGUGUUUAUAAUAUGGUAAGAAAUUUUACAGCAGAUUAUGAUCAAACAUUAAUAUUUAAUAAGAUUCAUCAUGAAUUAAAUCAAUUUUGUUCUGUACACACAUUACAUGAGGUAUACAUAGAUUUGUUUGAUCAAAUAGAUGAAAAUUUAAAAACUGCUUUACAAAAGGAUUUAAAUGAUUUAGCACCUGGUUUAAGUAUUCAUGCAGUUAGAGUUACUAAACCAAAAAUUCCAGAAACUUUGAGAAAAAAUUAUGAAUUAAUGGAAGCAGAGAAAACAAAACUUUUAAUAUCAAUUCAACAUCAGAAAGUUGUUGAAAAAGAUGCAGAAACAGAUAGAAAAAAAGCUGUUAUUGAAGCAGAAAAAGAAGCACAAGUAGCAAAAAUACAAUUUAAUCAAAAAAUUAUGGAAAAAGAAUCUUUACAACGAAUAGCAGCAAUUGAAGAUGAAAUGCAUUUAGCAAGACAAAAAAGUCAUUCUGAUGCUGAAUAUUACCAAACAAAAAUGCAAGCUGAAGCAAAUAGACUUUUGCUUACCAAAGAAUUUUUAGAAUUAAAAAAAUAUGAAGCAUUAGCACAGAAUACAAAAGUAUAUUAUGGUCAAGAUAUACCAAAAAUGUUUAUGUAUGGAGGUUGCUCAAGUGAUGAUAGUACAAAUUCACGUAUAGAAAUUCAAAAAUAAUAAUUAUAGAAAUACAUAACUUUUUUUUUAAAUAUUAUAUGAUGAAAUAGUUAUUUUAUUUAUGUUUAUAUGUAAUCAAUUAAAAUAUAAUUUAUCAAUUUUUUUG